AUGACGAAAACUUCACAUUCGUUAUUUUCAUCUAUCUUUUCGAAUGAUCGUUCUAAUCGGAUCACAAAUGGGAUUUCUAGAGUUUUAUCACAAAAUUCAACGGUUAAUUCACCGAUUCAUUCACCAAUAAAUUCACCAAUUAAUUCGCCAGUCAAUUCACAGUUCGAACUUCCAAUAGCAGCAAAAUAUUCUUCAAACGAUUGUCUACAAAGUUCAACAAAUAAUUAUUAUCAAAUAGAACAUUCGGAUUUAGAUGCGAAUUGGUAUCGAAGAUAUUUCGUAGAAAAAGGAUUUCUAGAACCACAUGAACCAAUUAUUAUCUCAAUAAUAUUUGAUAAUAAAACAAAAGUCAAUACUAGUAAAGAAGAAGUAUAUUGGUAUAGAUAUAUUAUGCGAAAAAAAGAGCUUAAAAAAUGUUAUAAAAUAGGAGUAUUAUAUUGUGCUUCGUCUCAACAAUUAGAAGAAGAAUGGUUUUCGAACACAACUACAUCACCGAUUUAUGAAAAUUUUUUAGAAAUUUUGGGCAACAAAGUUAGAUUAUUUGGAUUUAAAGGAUUCUCGGGUGGUUUAGAUACUUGUAAUAAUGGAACUGGAGAAUAUUCUAUUUACGAUGAUGAAACUUUGAAAGAUUUUCAGAUAAUGUAUCACGUGUGCACAUUGAUACCAUAUGAAAAAUCUGAUAGGCAUCAAAUAACCAGGAAACGACACAUAGGAAAUGACGUUAUUUGUAUAGUAUUUCAAGAUGUUUAUAAACCAUUUGAUCCUUAUUCAAUACGUUCACAACUUUUACAUGUUUAUGUUGUGGUAAGUCCCGUACGGAUUAGUAUGAAUAAAACUUCUUUUCGAGUGGAUAUUGUAUGCAAAGAUGGGGUUCCACAUUUUGGCCCUGCACUACCUGAACCUCCGAUUUUUGAUGAUCCGGUGGAAUUAAAGAAAUUUUUGGUUGCUACUGCCCCAAAAUUACUUGACCCAUUUCUAAGAGCACGCGGUGCAAUCUUGCGUGAUUUGGUUAGCAAAUUAGUACCACCUCAACCUGAAUUUAUAGCACAACCAUCCUUACCAAGAAAAAUUUCUCAAGAAGAAUUGAAUUCUACACUAAAAAGAUUAUUUAGAGAACAAUUGAAAUUAGGAAUACCUCCUCCAUUAGAACAAGUUAAAGCUCUAUUAGAAAAAGGUGCAAAUCCUAAUGUUAAAAUACCUCAACCGAAAUCUAAAUCAUCAUCAUCAUCAAGAGAUCAAAUAAGAAUAGAUCAACCUUCCUCUUCUUCAUCUCAUACAACACAUGCAAUCUUUCAUAAUCAUAAAGAUUCAUCUUCAAGUGAAAGUGAUUUUACAUCAUUAUCCUCUUCUUAUUCUUCAACAGCAACGCAACAACAUUCUACUAGACAGAAAUUACCGAAUAUAUUAUUUGCUUUAAUUGUAAUGUGUGAUGAUCCUUUAUAUUGUAAAUUAUUAAUUAAUAAUGGAGCCGAAACUAUACCGAAAGAUUCAAAUUUUCCUAAUGCUUCUGUUUUUGCAAAAAGAUAUGAAAGAUUUAAGAUAUUAAAAUGUUUGAAAGAGAAUCUUCCAGGAUUAAAUGAUUCUGAAAAUGACGAAACAAAUUUAAAUGAAGAUAUAGAAGAAAUAGAAGAAGUACAGAAUGAAAAUACAGAAAGCACAGAGGGAAGUAGGGAAACAGAAGAGGAAAGGGAGAAGAAGAAAUCAUAA